AUGGGGGCAUUUGAGUUAUUCUUCAUCGCAUAUUUUAGGGUCUUUCUACCACUGGUUUUACUGACAGCCAUCAUGAUAAAGAUCAGUCUUGUUUCAUUUGUCUACCUGGUCUGCCUGCUUAUCAUUCCCUUGCUACCGACUCCAUCAAAGAGAACAAUGAAUGGAGUGACGGGGCUUUUUUUGAAAUGCUUCAUCGCCGUCAGCUUCCUGCCACUGUUAGGCCACCUGAUCUUCCAGCUAGUUACUUGGUUUUUAUUGGAGUCACAGGGGCGCUUUGCAAAUUUUACCAGCUGCACGGAAGAUGAAAAGCUGCUGCGCCAGAUUGGAUAUCAGAAUUUAAAAGGAGCCAGUCUGUAUAACAUCCUGCGCCUGACUGUGCCAGAUGUGUUAAUUUUCUUCAUGUCGAUUCUCACCAUGGUCCUAUCUACAAGAAUGAGGGACCUGCAGGUGAACACCUUGGUUACACCAGGGUCUCCUCUGCCUGGUGGGGAGCAGAGUAAGAAUAUCUAUCACCGCAUUCAGGUGCUCUUUGAGUACUUACAGAACCUGAUGUUGCUGGCUGCCGGAAUUAUUGCUCCUUCAGUCUAUUUUGUAGUGGUGCUGAUAUGCCUGACUAUGUGGGGAUGCUUCAAGUCCGUGGGUUCUCGUUAUCUGCUGUUGCAAGUUUUGCUGCUCCUGUAUACAGGCUGUCAUAUCUUGCUGCUGCACCUCUACCAGUUCCAGUUCUUCCAGGAGGCCAUGCCUCCUGCCAGUAUGCUGGCUCGACUUCUUGGUCUGCCAGGAAUUAUCCAGACCAAAUGUAAUGAGCUCAGUAAAAUACUCUUCUACCCAAACAUCAAGUGGUCUGCUGCUGUCAAUCCAGUGGUGCUCUUGUUCCUCUACUUGAUCGAAACCAUCAACAUAAACAUCUGGCUACACUGGGUGGAG